AUGAUUGUAGGAUCCUUAAACAUAAGGGGUGAAGGUAGUAUUUUGAAUAGGAAAUGUAUUAGCAGGAUUAUCCGGAAUGGUGAAGCUGAUCAAUUUUCCCUUCAAGAAACUAAAUUGGCAGUGAUUGACAGGGUGAAAGCAGGUAACUUGUGGAAUCAGGACAGCAUUGGUUGGUCGUAUUCGAAGGCGGAGGGGAGAUCUGGGGGGCUUGAGAUUUUAUGGAAAGAACAUAAUACAGAAGUGGUGCUCAGCUUCAAAGGUCACGGAUUCUUGGGCGUAAAGGUGCGGAGGAAGGACAGGUAUUUCUAUUUUGUUAAUAUUUAUUCUCCUUGUUCUCUAAGCGGCAAGAAAUUACUUUGGAAAGAAUUGUUGAUUCAUAGAGACAAAUUUUCUGAUGGGGAGUGGAUGAUGGGCGGUGAUUUUAACGCAAUGAAAUCAGAUGGAGAAAGGAAAGUAAGUAGUAAUGGUUGGUCUGCAGAGUCUAGAUUGUUUGCGGAUUUUAUAGAAGAAAGUAGGCUUAUCGAUUUUCCGGCCAGCGACAAUCAAUUUAGUUGGUAUAGUGGUGACGGUAAAGUAAUGAGCAGAAUAGAUCAUUUCUUGGUGGAUGAUUCCCUUAUAGAUAGAUGGGGGAUUGUGGAUCAACGUAUUGGUCCUAGAUCCAUAUCGGACCACUGUCCAGUUUGGAUUAUUAUCAACAAGAAGAAUUGGGGGCCGGAACAUUUUAUGGUUAACAAUUCGUGGUUUAAGAAUAAGGAGUUCCUUCCGUUUGUAGCAUCUGAAUGGGAUAAGAUUAGGUUGGAGGGAGAGGAAGAUGAAUUGAGGGAUGUGGUGGAGUUAAUGAGCGAGGCGACAAGAAAGAUGUGGUUGAAUUUGAAGAUCAAAGAAAACAUGUUAUUGCAAAAGUCUAGAGUUAAGUGGGAUGCCGAUGGAGAUAUGAACAGCAGGUAUUUUCAUUGUACUAUGAAAGCAAGGAGGAGGGGAAAUUUCAUCAACAGUAUCCAGUCGAAAAACGGUGUUGUGGAGUCGGUGGGAGAGAUACAGAAGGAAGUUAUGAGGCAUUUUGCGAACAAGUUUUCUGAACCUGUUUUCCAGCGCCCUUCUCUAGAAGGAAUAUCUCUUAAAGCUAUUUCUUACAGGGAGAAAUGCACUUUGUAA